AUGUGUAUCGUUCUCCUCACCACUGCGCAUCCCUCGUACGCACUCAUUGUCAUAGACAACCGCGACGAGUUCAUUCUGCGGCCUACCUCUCGGCCACACUGGUGGACGGCCCUGGCUUCUCGCCAGCCGUCCCGGACAUCCACCCCCCAGCCUGCGGCAAAUGCAAAGGCAAAUGGCAACGGUCUGGCCCCGAAUGAAGAGGAAGUGCAACACAUCCUGUCUUCCAGGGACCUACAGCGGUCCGAGAGAGGAACAUGGCUGGGAGUUACCAGGUCCGGGCACUUUGCCGUUCUGACCAACUAUCGUGAAACGAAUACGCACGAUGCCUCACACCCCAUUCAUGGCACCCGCAGCCGUGGUGGCAUGGUGACCGCCUGGCUUGGGAGCUCAAGCAAGGAGAGCGUGAAAGACUUUGUUUCUGGCAUGCUCGCCGAUGGUGGCUGCAAGCAUGUUGGCGGUUUCUCCUUGAUCUGUGGCAAGCUAAGGAAGCAGACUUCGGGGAACGGAAAGGGAGAGAAGAACUUAGAGCCGCUGGCAAUUUUGUCGAAUAGAAGCGACACUGCCGAUCAGGUGCCAUGGAUAGCCAAAGAGAGAGGGGAAGUACACGGACUGAGCAACACUUCUUUUGAUGAUCCCGCGACGUGGCCGAAGGUUGAGGCCGGGAAGCGGAUGCUGACAGAAGUGAUUGAAGAGGCGAAAACAAAAGAAUUUACUGAAGACCAACUACGCGAUAAGUUGUUUUCGAUCCUAGACCAGGACACCCUUCCUGUCUCGCCCGACACGAGCUUCGAGGAGUAUAUCGCUGUACUAAAGCAGUCUAUCUUCAUUCCGGCCAUCGGCGACGAGGAUCAUCGUCUAGCAAUGGAGAAGGCUACAGCUCAGGGCAUCCCGCAGCCUCAGUGGCAGGACGCCAUGCAGGAGGUGCGCGGAGAAGAGAGGCCAGAUGAGCAGACGGCCGGGUUCGGCACGGGAAUGUACGGAACCCAACGUCAGACUAUUCUCUUGGUAGAUUGGGAUGGGAACGUGACUUACACCGAACGAGCCUUGUGGGAUUCAAACGGCAAUCCGGUUGAGCGUGGAAAGGGGGACAUGACAUUCAAGUUUGAGAUCGCGGGCUGGAACGAUUCGUAG